CACACAUUCAUUACAACUGGAACAUCGUCACCGCCAGGCCAGUCCCGGAACUUUCGUCCCAUUAUCCGUGGCACGACCAGAUUGAGAUGGAUCCGUCGUAGACCACCAUGGUGGUUGCCGGCAUAUAUGGCCAUGCCGCCGAGCUCGUAUUUCCUUGGAACGAGGGGUACUUCAUCAUCCUGGUCUAUCAUCCUUUAGAUGACAAUAAUUCAUGUCUAUUCGAUAAAAUUUCAGCAUCAUGAGACUUCGAAAUUUUGUAUGGAGCCUCUGGCCGGGCAUUGCCUACUCAUCAAUCAUUGACCGCCAACUGCUUGAUUACGCACCUAUACCUACCGACGCGUAUACACCCUCCCUAGGUCCAGAUACAGUGACUCUUUUGGACUUUAUCAAGUCCCGGCCUGAGCUUUCUAGCCUCAAAAACAUCCUGGAGCAGACUGCCGGAUUCACAGAAGCUUUUGGUACAUCAACAAAUUGGAAUUUCACCUUCUUCGCGCCGUCCAACACAGCGUUUGAGAACACCGGCUACUAUUUCGAAACCUUUGCCGUUACACCCAAGGGUAAAUGGUGGCUUGGCAACUUGGUUCAGCACCACUAUGUACCCAAUACGGCUAUGACGUCGAAAUCCUUCAACACCACAGCUCUGAGGUUCCAGACGGGCUCUUACCUCUAUGUUGGAGCCCAGCUUCAGAAUGGUUAUGUCAGGCUAAACAAUGCGUCCACAGUGAUCGAACCCGAUAUAGCCGUUACCAACGGAAUUGUUCACAUAAUCGAUCAUAUACUAGAUCCAGCCGCUCAAAUCUUUGAGGUCGACCUGCCGAAGGUGGCGCAGUCAUUCAUAGCCGGCAGCUGCUCCAAUAUAGCUCUACCAUAUUGUUAGUAGAUUAUAGUUCAACAUAUCGAACUCGACCAAACAAAUGAAAACUGUUUUUUUUCUCGUGCUUAACCUCCUUAAAAUUAGGCUGGAUGAUUCAUUGAGACUGGCCUGGGGUAGAU